AUGGAGUCUGAACGUUCCGUGUCCACCACGUUGCCGAGGAACUUCAUGUUCCACUACCGCGAUGGCCAGGCUCCACGCACCCCAGAGCCAGAGCCUCAACCCGAGCUCCUGCAGCCCCCGCCCCCGCCUCGACAAGUUCUCAAGGUCCGUCGCCGUCGCGCCACCAUGGUCAUCAACCCCGACGACAUGGACGCCAUCAUGGACCAGCGACCCAUCCCCACCAUUGAGGCGCCCGAGGUUGUGUCCGAUCAGUCGAAUGAGCUGCCGUCGUACGCUCUACCCCAGGACGAUGCCUUUCUGUCGCCAGGCUUCAGCUACACUCGUAUGAUUUCUCCGCCAAAGACCCCUGCCCAUCAGGUGAGGACCAUCAGCCACUACGAGGGGCCCCAGGACUGGUCCGACGUGCCCCAUGUCAGUCAUAGCGACACCUCUAGCAGACCUACCUCAUCAUCUGGCUUCUCGGACUCGUCUCUUUCGUCUUGCGACAGCAUCGGGUCUUUCAUGUCGGGAGGCGGCAGCUGCACCAGCCUCGAAGACGAGCUGUCGGAUCCCUUUUCCUUUUGCCCGUCCCAGCCCCAGCUUCAGCGCCCAGUCUCGCCAUUGAUGGACCAACAGCAAACCCGCUCUGCCAAGAAGCUGAAACUGAGGGCCACUUUCACCGAGGAAAUGGACUACCACCUGUGGAUGACCUACAUGAACUACCUGCAGGACCCUACCGUGACGCCCUUCAAGGCUCUCCCAAGUACCACGCCACCCAACGGUGUAUGCCACCGCGUGGCGAGGAUGGCCCGCAAGACGUGGAAGGGCCCCAAGCAAGCUCGCGCCGGACUGCGCGUGCAAGGUCAGGUUGGUACUGCCGAUGGUAGCAAGCCGACCAAGGGUAGCAGCAGCAAGUCGUUUAUGCGAUACCCUAGUGAGAAGCAGUGUCGGAAGCGUCUUCGAGACUUGGCCAAGCAGAAACCCACCUUGUCCGCACACUACCAGCGUCUUCUCCGCCGAUCUCCCUCGCCGCUUCAAUCCUCGCCGCCACCAGAGGAGCCUCGGUCGCAACAGCCGUCGUCGUUGUCGUCAUCGUCGUCGUCUGUGCAGCAACAGCAGCAGUCUUUGUCCUCACCUUUCUCACAGGGCUCUACGACCUUCUCGACCCGUGACAUGAACGUGUCCUUGGCCACCAGUACUGCCCCAUCGAUGCAGUUGGGCAACCCGCUUUCACAGCUUGCCAAGGAUAUUACACCACGACCGACACCCAAGACAUGGUCAAGUGCACGGUCGUCUGCCCACCAGAAAUCGCAGUCGCUCCAUAUAGGACUUGGCCUUGGCCUGGGUGGUGCACUUGGCUCCCCAUUCAACGUAAAGACGGACACGAACAAUGUCAGUUCCAGCCAGAACAGUGCACGAACAUGGCAUGGGCCCUCGACGUCUCAGCCGCCACGCCUGGGCUCUCCUUUCCAGCUGCAUGCCCCACGACCAAAGUCGAAAGUAUUCAAGCGACGUGCUCUGCAUAACAGCUUCGAAGGUCGGGCGCGUAACCGUGGGGAGAGCUUUGUGAACGAGAUAUUCGGGGCUCCAGCUCAAUCGAGUCACCGUGGAGUGCGAAAUCGUGGCUUCAGCUUGGGUGACAUGACGGAGGGUGCACGACGGUUACCUCUGGCCAAUGACCCAUCAGGCUUCAACCCAUUUGCAGACUCUAGAUCUGACAUGCUGACCCCCCGUUCACCGGCUGUGGCAGCGGACUUGAGGGACCAAAGUACUACUCGUUUGGGCUCACCGUUUGUUGGGCGGACGAGCAACACAUUCCCUCGGUCCAGCAUGUCGCAUAGCUUUGAAGCUCCCGCGUCAUUCGAGCAACGCUUCGCCGCCAUGCCCAGCGACCCCGCACGCCAACAGCGCUCUUAG